AUGGCGUCCGAUUCGGGGCCCCAGACUCCUGGCUCUAAGGGGAUCAUGACCUUUCACCCCACUGCUGAGGAGUUCCAGAACUUCAGCCGCUACAUCGCUUACGUGGAGUCCCAGGGAGCACACAAAGCCGGCUUGGCUAAAGUGAGCAUGACACAACCCCUUCUGCCUUGUGAAGAUUAUUUUCUGAUUUGCGUUACCAGGCCUCCAGUUAGGGAAAGCAGCUAUGCACAGAAAUAAACACAUGAUGAAUACAUGUGUUUAUACAACUGACCCAAGUUUUUGCGAGUGAAAUACUUUACUGUAACUUUGUGAUACUAAAACUGACUGUUUUUACAGAUCGUGCCACCAAAGGAUUGGAAGCCCAGGAAGUCCUAUGAUGAUAUAGAUGAUCUGGUGAUCCCGGCUCCCAUCCAGCAGGUAGUUACGGGCCAGUCAGGCCUGUUCACCCAGUACAACAUCCAGAAGAAGCCCAUGACCGUCCGAGAGUUCCGCAAGACGGCCAACAGCGACAAGUGAGUCUGACUGCACCAAACCUGUAACAGCUGUAACAAAGUUGCAUAACAUAUUACACAGUCUAUGAAUGAGCUAUACUGUAUUGUGAAUUGGUCUGUGAUUGGGAAAAGUCACUCUGUGGACAUGCUAUUUGACUAAGGAAAUUAUACAGAGAACAAAGUUAAUAACAUGAUUUUAAACAGGGGGUUUGUAUGAUUUGCUUUAUGUUAGUAAUUCAUGUGUUUCUCAAGAUCUCUUGGGAUUUUGACAGGCUCUGGCUCACAGGCACUCAUUUAAAAACUUUGUUUCAUUCCCCCCAUCAUAGGUUCUGCAGUCCUCACUACGCCGACUUUGAGGAGCUGGAGAGGAAGUACUGGAAGAACGUGACCUUUAACUCGCCCAUCUAUGGUGCAGAUGUGAACGGAACACUCUAUGACCCUGUGAGUCAUUACCAAUCCCCCCAGGGGUGUGUUUUACUAUUAUAUGGUGUUUUAAAUGUUGACAUGUUUUUAAUGUUCCUGGUUAUAAGGAUGUUGGCUGAUGAGAGUGGUGGUUGUCCCACUGGCUAUCAUAAGGUGAAUGCACCAAUUUGUAAGUCGCUCUGGAUAAGAGCGUCUGCUAAAUUACGUAAAGUAGACGGUUUUGUAGAUUACUUGUAAGUGUUUCUCUCAGAAUCAUGUGUUGCACCCACAAUUUAAAUUCACAACCAAUCUAGAAGGCUGCAGUGGUUUUGUUUCACUGCAGCGCUGCUGAUGAUGAAGAUAACCAUCUCCAGCGACGAUAGUUACACUAUAUAUCUUUCUCUCCAGGAUGUGACGGAUUGGAACAUCGGCAAACUGAACACCAUCCUGGACACGGUGGAGCAUGAGAAUGGCAUCACCAUCGAGGGGGUGAACACACCCUACCUGUACUUUGGCAUGUGGAAGACCACUUUCGCCUGGCACACCGAGGACAUGGACCUCUACAGCAUCAACUACCUACACUUUGGAGCGCCAAAGUCCUGGUAAGUAACAACACUAUUAGUCACAUACUGGUAAUAGGUGUACUGGUGGCUGUGUGUAUAAGAGGCAAGUUAUUAAGCAUCAACAUACUGAUGAUGGUUAUGUAAGAGUAGUUUGAGGACUCGUUGUCACAUUCGAAAACGACACUCACCAAAUGAAAGAAAUGGCAACAAUUUUAACGUCAGUGUUAUAACGUCAGAGAACUGAUGAUUGCCGUUCUGAUAUCCUCACAGGUACUGUGUCCCUCCAGAACAGGGAAAAAGAAUGGAGCGCUUGGCUCAAGGUGAGAUGGAUGAUAAUGUGUGUGACAUGUUUUGCCAUAUUAGAAAACAACAACUGCUUUUUAACUAGCUUUAAUCCAACACACUGUUUUCUGACGUUUCUUUUCAGGGUUUUUCCCUGGUAGCCACCAAAAUUGCGAAGCCUUCUUGAGGCACAAGAUGACCCUCAUCUCGCCCUCCAUAUUAAGGAAAUAUGGCAUUCCAUUUGAAAAGGUAAGCCCUCAGCAUAGUGAUGAUUUACAACUUUUUUAACUGCAUUUAUUGUAUACUACCUUAAGACCAUGUGUGAUUUUAUCAACUUAUGCUGAUCACUUACAGUGGGGAAAAAAAGUAUUUAGUCAGCCACCAAUUGUGCAAGUUCUCCCACUUAAAAAGAUGAGAGAGGCCUGUAAUUUUCAUCGUACACGUCAACUAUGACAGACAAAUUGAGAUUUUUUUUCCACAAAAUCACAUUGUAGGAUUUUUAAUGAAUUUAUUUGCAAGUUAUGGUGGAAAAUAAGUAUUUGGUCACCUACAAACAAGCAAGAUUUCUGGCUCUCACAGACCUGUAACUUCUUCUUUAAGAGGCUCCUCUGUCCUCCACUCGUUACCUGUAUUAAUGGCACCUGUUUGAACUUGUUAUCAGUAUAAAAGACACCUGUCCACAACCUCAAACAGUCACACUCCAAACUCCACUAUGGCCAAGACCAAAGAGCUGUCAAAGGACACCAGAAACAAAAUUGUAGACCUGCACCAGGCUGGGAAGACUGAAUCUGCAAUAGGUAAGCAGCUUGGUUUGAAGAAAUCAACUGUGGGAUUAUUAGGAAAUGGAAGACAUACAAGACCACUGAUAAUCUCCCUCGAUCUGGGGCUCCACGCAAGAUCUCACCCCGUGGGGUCAAAAUGAUCACAAGAACAGUGAGCAAAAAUCCCAGAACCACACGGGGGGACCUAGUGAAUGACCUGCAGAGAGCUGGGACCAAAGUAACAAAGCCUUCCAUCAGUAACACACUACGCCGCCAGGGACUCAAAUCCUGCAGUGCCAGACAUGUCCCCCUGCUUAAGCCAGUACAUGUCCAGGCCCGUCUGAAGUUUGCUAGAGUGCAUUUGGAUGAUCCAGAAGAGGACUGGGAGAAUGUCAUAUGGUCAGAUGAAACCAAAAUAGAACUUUUUGGUAAAAACUCAACUCGUCGUGUUUGGAGGACAAAGAAUGCUGAGUUGCAUCCAAAGAACACCAUACCUACUGUGAAGCAUGGGGGUGGAAACAUCAUGCUUUGGGGCUGUUUUUCUGCAAAGGGACCAGGACGACUGAUCCGUGUAAAGGAAAGAAUGAAUGGGGCCAUGUAUCGUGAGAUUUUGAGUGAAAACCUCCUUCCAUCAGCAAGGGCAUUGAAGAUGAAACGUGGCUGGGUCUUUCAGCAUGACAAUGAUCCCAAACACACCGCCCGGGCAACGAAGGAGUGGCUUCAUAAGAAGCAUUUCAAGGUCCUGGAGUGGCCUAGCCAGUCUCCAGAUCUCAACCCCAUAGAAAAUCUUUGGAGGGAGUUGAAAGUCUGUUGCCCAGCGACAGCCCCAAAACAUCACUGCUCUAGAGGAGAUCUGCAUGGAGGAAUGGGCCAAAAUACCAGCAACAGUGUGUGAAAACCUUGUGAAGACUUACAGAAAACGUUUGACCUGUGUCAUUGCCAACAAAGGGUAUAUAACAAAGUAUUGAGAAACUUUUGUUAUUGACCAAAUACUUAUUUUCCACCAUAAUUUGCAAAUAAAUUCAUAAAAAAUCCUACAAUGUGAUUUUCUGGAAUUUUUUUUUCUCAUUUUGUCUGUCAUAGUUGACGUGUACCUAUGAUGAAUCUUACAGGCCUCUCAUAUUUUUAAGUGGGAGAACUUGCACAAUUGGUGGCUGACUAAAUACUUUUUUUCCCCACUGUAUAUAAAGCCUUGUACAGUAUAUUGUUUUUUCCUGUCUGUGUUCCAGAUCACUCAGGAGCCUGGUGAGUUCAUGGUGACAUUUCCCUAUAGCUACCACGCCGGGUUCAACCAUGGCUUCAACUGUGCUGAGUCCACCAACUUUGCCACAGAAAGAUGGAUUGAGUAUGGAAAGCAAGCCAUGCUGGUAAGGAAGAGUUUCAUUUUCUUUAAGUACUCCUCGUUUAAACCAAGAACAUUGGGGAUGUGAAUCAGUUAGCUGCCGAAAAUACAUUUGACCGGUCAUGCUUAUCGGUCUAUAGGUUCAUUUGCAUAAUUUAGUGGAAUUAAAUUGCCGCGUGUGUAUUUUUCAUUAGUCGUCAUGUAUCUUAUCAGGAGGAAUAUCCUAUCACAUGUCAGACAGCGCGAGCAGCUCCUCAAAAAGCUGGUACUGGAGUGAAACAUGCUUUUAUAAGCCCAGUCAUUGCGCAACCAAUAACAAUUUAAAAUGCAAUCACAUGUUAAAAACUGUUUUGAUGGCCACGAUUAAAAAUAGCUACUAUUUUUUUUUCUUCUUCUGAAUCUUAAUUCGUAAUCAAAGCGCACCUCUGAAUUGCCAUUUAAGUGCAUAGGCUAUAGUCAACGGUAGGCAGGGUAUCAGCGCGUCACACACUACUUUGCAAUGUGAGCUUGAGGCAGUAUAAUUGUUUGAAACCUGAACGUUUUACUUUACUUCAAAUAAUGAGGCAUGUCUUACCUUGCUUCAAAGUAGACUAGCCAAAUAAAGACUUCCUCAUGCCAAUAACAAGCGUUUAUCUCCUGUUCUAUCGGUUUUCAUAUCAACUUUCUUUCGUUGUCCAGAAGCCAAAGGCACAAUCCUAGUCAUAUUGGCAACCCAUCCUAGUUGUUGCUAUUAGAUUCCCCAGCUUUCUAAGUUUCUAACAGAGAUUUUCAUCUCUGCCACAAAUGGAACCGAUUGCAUUAGGUGUUUAGAACAGUGUUUUCCCGUGAAUUGCAUUUUGGCAAAUGUUUGAAAAUGACGUUUUAUUAGCUGCUUCAUUACAGCAGUUGCAUGUUCAAUAAAAGGCUAUAGCCCUUUGACUGUAAAAUGAUGGGCUUGCUACUGUUGCAUGUUUCCAUUUAAGAUAUAUAUUUAAAAAAUGUCUGUUCCUUGUAUGUAUGUAUGUAUGUAUGUAUGUAUGUAUGUAUGUAUGUAUGUAUGUAUGCGUAAUAUUUUCUGUUGGUAACAUCAUUUUACUGUUUGGGGAAAAAUGUAACCUUUUAUUGACCGAUUUUUAAUGAGGGUCGGCAGAAAGAAUGAAACUGGGAAAAGACUAUACUUUUUUAUUAAUGCUGUCUCGUAUAGCUCUCUAUUAGACUGACCUUAGUUUAUUUACCUCUGGGGGCAGUAGUGCAUCCCUAGAACUUAUACUCCCUACCUCUUGCCUCCAGUGUACAUGCAGGAAGGACAUGGUGAAGAUCUCCAUGGAUCUGUUCGUGAAGAAGUACCAGCCGGACCGCUACGAGCAGUGGCUGGCGGGGCGGGACACAGGCCCCAUCGACCACUCACGGCCCACCCCAGAGGCCAAGGAGUUCCUGGGGGAGGAGCUGGGGAUGGACUGCAUCUCCCAGGAGCCCUAUGGAGAGGAGCUCAACACCAAGGGGGAAAGAAAGAGGUCAGAAGAGAUGUUAAUUUGAAUGUUGGUAGAGCGUGCUAUAGAGCAGAUUGAACAGUAUAUAUGGAUGGAAAUUCCCAUUUUUUAAAAUGCUUGACAUGAAAAAUGAUUCCAACUUUAAUGUUUUAUGGCCCACCAGCCCAACACCGAGGAUAGGGACCAAGAGGCACCGGGUGUGUCUGGAUGUACCUGACAAGGUGGUCCCUAAAGAUGAAGAGGAGGCCAGACUAGGCCUCACCACUCAGGGCACGGGAGGAGAGGACUGCACAGAUACAGGUAACCUCACUGACAGUUAGGCUGUGUCUUCCUACCUUAUUUUCACUAUUUAAAACCUAUACAAUUACACGCAAAAUCAACACAGAGGAUGCAUGGGAUGAUACAUUUGUAAAAUUAGGGGGUAACACAAAAUAAUGUUAGACGGACACUUGUGACUGGAUUUAAUGCUGGAAUCCGCAUUAGGGGAAACCGAGCCACUGUUUGUGCCCCAGCACAUUUGUUAUUGUUUUUGUUUUGUUUAUGAAACGAAGGAGAGGAGCGUCCAGCAUCGUGGUACAUUUUUUUUUUGCAAUACAUACUCUGCUGUUCUAUUGCGCGUGCAAUGUUGUCCAAAGGGAAAAAACUGUGUUCUUUAUAAUAUAAAUAAUAUGCCAAUUAGCAGACGCUUUUAUCCAAAGCGACUUACAGUCAACGAAUGGGUGGUCCCGGGGAUCGAACCCACUACCCUGGCGUUACAAGCGCCAUGCUCUACCAAUUUGAAGUAAUUUCUUUGUUGUCGUAAUAUCGCAAACUGGCAUGGUGGAUUCCAGCUUUCAGCUCCAGUCUCUUUGGAGAUGUGGGUUCAAAUCCAACCACAGCCAACAAAUGUCAAGUGGUUUGAAUACAGGCCACUUGUCAAAUCAACGUUUAUUGGUUGCGUUCACAGUUAAGCAGGUGUUGCAGCAAAAUGCUUAUGUUACUAGCUCCUAACAAUGCAGUAAAAACUACACAAUUCUAUUGUAGUAAAUGGGUAUAGAUCUUCUGCCUGGCUGCCCAGACCCAGACUCCUUGCUCCAAGCAAACGCUAUGCCAUGCCCCCAGAUGUUAGUUUCAGUGGAGGCUGGUGGGAGGAGCUAUAGGAGGACAGGCUCAUUGUAAUGGCUGGAAUGGUAUAAAUAGAACGGAGUCCAACAUGUGGUUUCUAUAUGUUUGAUACUGUUCCAUUUAUUCCAUUCCAGCAAUUACAAUGAGACCAUAGUCCUAUAGCUCCUCCCACCAGCCUCCACUGGUUAGUUUCUUCUCCACAAUGAGUUUGGAUCUGCGAACACAUUCGGGGCCGUCUGAUUAGUCCAUAAACCGAUUGGUUGGCCAGAGCCAGAACACACGUGGGUAAAGCGGCAUUUUGAAAAUGUGUCAUUGGUUUUGAUACUCUGAUUGGUUAGACUAUCCAAUCGCUGAUAUCUUUUUGUACAACACCCCUCCUCACCACAAAUUACUUCACUGAUUGCAGUAUCAUACUAAAGCAUGUAGCGAACGACAGUGCAGCGGAAUAAUUUAGUGUGAGUCGUCAGGAUAAUAGAUCUGCAUCACUAAUCCACAAUGAGACUCAGUGGAUAUUUGGAAAUGCUAUCCCCAUUGCUUCUCCUGAUACAAAUGUUUGUAUUUCAGACACACCAGCGAAGGUCACCUUGAGGGAACUGCCUAAUGUAAAGACAGACCCUACGAAGGGCAACAGCAGCACAAGCCCUGCUCCACAAAAAGUCACAAUCUCCUCCACCAGCAAUCACGCAGCAACCGUUUUUGCUCAACCCCAGUCGCACAGAAACAGCCACCUCCCAGUAGGGGCUCCCCCGGCCAGGACCGGUCCUUCUGCUCAGCCUGUCCGAAAGCUGGGGGUGGCCAGCCUGCUCUUCCACAAGACCCAGAGCCCCAAGGAGGCCCUGCAGGUCCACAGCUACGCCCGCGAGAACCAGCAGCCCAUUCACCACACCCAGCUCCACGUGCACAGUUACGCCAGGGAGCACCUGCCAAGGCACCUCCAAAACCACCUUCAACUCAAGGCCCAUCCCCAGCUCCAAGUCAAAGCCGAGCAGCAGGAGUCCCAGGUCCCAUCCACCAAAGAUGAGCAGAUCCAGGCCAAAGCACAGAGUCCCAGUAAGGGAGAACAGGUUGAAACCAAGGCCCAGAUCCAAGGCCUCGAUAAGUGGCAGCAGCAGCCAGGCGAGGCCCAGGCUUGGGAGGGGAGGUCCGAAGCCAAGGCCCCUAGUAGCCUGGAGCCUAUCCAGACCCAAGCACACACCAGGACAACCAAGGGGGCUGAGGCAGAGGUCAGGAGGGACAGGCGGAAGGUUUGUUUACCCUCUUUCAUGAUGCUGUCUUUAGAAGUUAUUCAUGUUUGGUUAUGGUUUUGUAGUGUAGUUUGUGAUAAUAGUUUAGACUGAUAUUAGAGGUGAAUAUGUUAGAGGAAAAUGUGAAAUUGAUGUUUUCACACUUGCCAUACAAAAACGGCAUUAGAUGUGGAAACAACACGAGCCAGCUGAUGGUCACUCAUCCUCUUCCUGUCUCUUUCCCCAGCAAUGUCUUUCCCCCGUACAGGCGGAGGUAACUUUAAUCAAGCAGACAAACUUAAGUUUAAGUAAGCCGAUGAUUUUACAUCCAAGUAAACUGACUAACUUAAGUCCAAAUAAGCAGACAAACUCAAGUCCAAGUAAGCAGACGGACUGCAAGACCGUGAAGAGCAAACCACAUCCUCUCCUCCGCAAGCUGCCCAAACAGCACCCACUCCUCAGCUCCAGUGAAAACCAUGGUGAUAAUGGUAUGUACCUGGUUGUAGUGGGUUAUAACAGUAUCCCAACAGUAUCUAUCUCUUUCUCCUCUCUCCUAACCUCCUUCGUUACUCUCUCUCCCCCCUCUAUCUUGUAGAUGAGCUGUAUGUGGAUAUGGAGGAUGAACCAGAGGAGAGGGAGGAGUGGGCCAAGCCCCUGGCCCAGCUGUGGCAGAGCCGACCCGACAACCCCCAGGCGGAGAGAUCGUACAACCAGCGCAUGGGCCUGCAGGUCCCCUACUGCUCCAUCUGCCUGCUCUUCCACACAUACGACCAGGUAGAGUGGAGAGGUCCUUGGUCUUUGCCUUAUACAGUAGCUGUUGUUCAUGGGCCAUUAAUCCAGCUAUUAAUGGACCAUUUAUCCAGCUAUUAAUGGACCCUUAAUCCAGCUGUUAAUGGGCCCUUAAUCAAGCUAUUAAUGGGCCCUUAAUCCAGCUGUUAAUGGGCACUCUAUCCAGCUGUUAAUGGGCUCUUUAUCCAGGUCUUUGAGGGCUAUAAAAGUUGUAUUGAUUUGUAGGAUGGAAAAACAAAACAAAAAAUUGAGAUGGAAAACAGUUUUUUACUUUGAAUUAUCUAUUUGUUUUUAUGUACCUUCUAAAGACAUUUAGGCAACAGAAAAGCAAUUCAGCCACCAAGCCAGCUGUGCACAAUAGUAGUCAUAGAAAUGACAAUUUGACCUUUGCUAAUACGUGUCCCUCCUCCCUCCUCUCCAGUCUCUCCAGUCUAGCGGCAACCCCAGCUCCACUCUAAAAGGCCGGCGCGGGGGCAGACAGAGGUCCAAGCCCCUGAUCCCGGAGAUGUGUUUCAGCACCACCAAUGACAAGACGAACAACAGCAGCAGCGAUAGCGGCGAGGGCCAACUCUCCACCCCUCACCUGGAGGAGGACGGUACCAGCCUGCUGGUCAGCUGCUCCCAGUGCUGCGUCCGCGUCCACGCCAGUGAGUAACUACAGUUACAUUCACAAUCACCAUGUUUGAAGCCUGUUCGAUAGUUCAUGUGUUUAAUUUGUAAUUGAAUGUAGUACUCUAGAUUUCAAUUAAUAUUAGUUCAUUCACACCAGUUGUUAGACAGCACGUUUCCAUUGAUAAUCAAUAAUAUGCUGUUGCUGAAAUCCAGUUAAUUCACAUCAGCAGUCUGUUUAACACCAAUGUUUAGAGCAGGUGUGUCAAACAUGGCCUGUGGUUUAAGUAAAACAUUUUAUUUGUAUAUUUUAGAAGAAAAAAAAAAUUCAAUCAACAUUGAAAUGACUAACACCAAAUUGAAACUAGUGUAGAAAUAAUGGACCUGCGUAACAGGACAAAUAUAAGCAGCCCCCCAAAUGAUAUUAUUAUAAUUAUAUUAUAAUUAUUAUUAUUACAUUUAUUCUCUUGACUCUGUCCAGCUUGCUAACAGUCAUUAAAACUAAAGCUAGACAGUCUGGGAGCAUCAGAAAUUCCAAAGCAAUUGAUGGAGGACUAUUCUUUGCUAAUUAUAACGGCAAGGAAAUAUAAUCCAUUUUAAGUGCGGUGAAGACUGAAUGUGGCCCGCGGAGCAAAAUGAGUUUGACACCCAUGGUUUAGAGGACUGUGCAUGUGUUUAAUGUGUUCCAUAUGUUUAAUGUAAUCAAUGAUAUGCUCUCAAGGAAUACCAGUUCAUUGCAGAGUUCAGCAUUGACAAUCAAUCACCAGCGUUCCAAAAUAUCCAUUCUCAUUCAUUAACAAUGAUUUACUGCAAUGAUGUGCACUUUAAUCAAUUGAUUUGUAUGACAAAUAAAUGCUAAGUGCCUGUGGAACUUCUCAUUCACGUCAGUGCCUUUAAGUCACCUCUGUCAAUAGAAAAUGGCCUCUAAUGUUUUCCAUGUCCGUGUUUUCCUCGUAUCCCUCAGGUUGCUAUGGAGUGUCUGUUGACCAAGUGUCAGACGAUUGGAUGUGUGCCCGCUGUGAGGCCAACGCUUUGACUGAGGUCAGUAAUGCAAUCAAGUACAACUGAAACCAUAUCACUACAGAAGCUUAUCAACACUACAUGAUCUUAGUCCUACUUCACACACAUACUAGCACCACACUGACAAUGGAGUGGGAUAGGAUCAUGUUGUAACUCAUAUGCAUUCAAACCCUUCAGAGAUUCUAGAACUAAGCUUAUUGAAGGAAGAAGGCUGACAACAAGAAAGGAUAGCAUACAGUGCCUUCAGAAAGUAUUCACACCCCUUGCAUUUUUCCACAUUUUGUUACUGCCUGAAUAUAAAAUGGAUUAAAUUGAGUUUUUUUUUUGUCACUGGCCUACACAUAAAUGUAUAUUUCUCCCUUAAUGUCAAAUUGGAAUUAUGUUUUUUGAAAGUUUUACAAAUUAAUUAAAAAUGAAAAGCUGAAAUGUCUUGCAUUAAUAAGUAUUCAACACCUUUGUUUUUUUCAAGCCUAAAUAAGCUCAGGAGUAAAAAUGUGCUUAAGUCACAAUAAGUUGCACUUAUUGGACUCACUCUGUGCAAUAAUAGUGUUUAACAUGAUUUUUUAAUGACUACCUCAUCUCUGUACUCUACACACACAAUUAUCUGUAAGGUCCCGCAGUCGAGCAGUGAAUUUCCAACACAGAUUCAACCACAAAGACCAGGGACGUUUUCCAAUGCCUCACAAAGAAGGGCACCUAUUGGUAGAUGGGUAAACAUAUAUAAAAAGCAGGUAUUGAAUAUCCCUUUGAGCAUAGUGAAGUUAGACUUUGGAUGGUGUAUUAAUACACCCAGUCUCUACAUAGAUACAGGCGCCCUUCCUAACUCAGUUGCCGGAUAAUUUUUUAAAAUUCCAAAACAUGCAUCCAGUUUGCAACAAGGCACUGAAGUAAUACUGGAAAAAAAAAUUUGCAAAGCAAUUCACUUUUUGCCCUGAAUACAAAGUGUUACAUUUGGGGCAAAUCCAAUACAACACAUUACUGAGUACAACUUAGAGUGGCUGCAUCAUGUUAUGGGUAUGCUUGUAAUCGUUAAGGACUGGGGAGUUUUUCAGGAUAAAAAAGAAACGGGAUGGAGCUAAGCACAGGCAAAAUCCUAGAGGAAAACCUGGAUCAGUCUGCUUUCCACCAAACACUAAGAGAUUAAUUCACCUUUUCAGCAGGACAAUAACCUAAAACACACGGCCAAAUCUACACUGGAGUUGCUUACCAAGAAGACAGUGAAUGUUCCUGAGUGGCCAAGUUACUUUUGACUUCAAUCUGCUUGAAGACCUGAAAAUGGUUGUCUGGCAAUGAUCAACAACCAAUUUGUCAGAGCGCUUCGAGAUUUACCCAGAAAGACUCACAGCUGUAAUCACUGCCAAAGGUGAUUCUAUAAUGUAUUGACUCAGGUGCUUGAAUACUUACGUAAUCAAGAUAUUAGUGUUUUAUUUCUCAUACAUUUUUUACAAACGUUACAAUUGUUCUUCCACUUUGACAUUACAGAGUAUUUUGUGUAGAUCGUUGACAAAAAAUGACAAUCUAUUUCAAUGCCACUUUGUAACACAACAAAAUGUGAAAAAAGUCAAGGGGUGUGAAUACUUUCGGAAGGCACUGUAGAGCCAUACAUAGAGAUAUCUGGAUGUUAACCCUAUAAUUAAGCCUUGAAGAAAGUAGAGGAUUCAUGUUCAAAAAACAAUACACUUCUGAAUGUAGAAUCAAUAUAGUCAGAAAAUAAAAAGGGUUAGAAUGACUGUAGCUAGCGCCUUCUCCAGUUAUUUCUCAAUAAGGUUAUGAUAUUUGGCACUUGACUCCGUUUUCCCUCUGGGAUGACAUGUGAACAGAAGCCAGAGUUUAAUUGCACAACAUAAUACCAAAUCGUUACAUAAUUCCUUUGCUGAGCACCACAACAGAGGAUAGUGCAAGUCCUAUCCUGUACUGAGUCUUACACGCCAAGUCAUGAAUCAUAUUUUGGACGCGUAAUUCUUGAUUAAUGGACUAUUAGUGAAAUUAAUUUCUGCCUCAGAAUACGCGUACUUGUCAAGCCGUGGAAUAUGUAUCUUUUGGAUGAAGUCCCAACUUGUUAUAACCAAGUUUAACCGCUAGGUGGCGGUGUUGUCUAAGGGAGAAGUCAUGAACAUUCCUGCUUUUAACUCUCUGUGGUAGCCAGUGUGUUUGAGCAAAGCCAGGAGCAGAAUCUCUGAUCUAUAUCACUUCAGUAAUUAUUUGGGAUGCAAGGUGAUUUGUAGAUCAGUGAUUCUGGGCAGUCCAACUAAGUCCAUUUUAAAACAUGCACAACGACAGAAGGUAUUGACGUAGCUCUUACUUGUGGACAUGUACAUGUCUGGCUUAACCCCUCCAGUCACUGAUUGACCAGAGUUAGCUUAAUGUCCUAGGUCCACAAAAGUUAUGCAUUACAAGAUACUGGAAAACCCACUGCCAGGCAGCCCAGAAAGGAAUGGAAAUCGCAGUACUCUGGCCAGCUUUGACACAGACAAUGUGGAGAAAUAUUUCAAAUGAGAAAAAUAGAACAUUCAGGUAAUGACUUGAAAGAAUUUAAGUCGGUUAGUAUUUGGUAUUUUAUUAGGAUCCCCAUUAGCUGUUGUGAAAGCAGCAACUACUCUUCCUGGGGUCCACACAAAACAUGAAACAUGACAUACAGAACAUUAAUAAACAAAAACAGCUCAAGGAUGGAACUACAUCAUUUAUUAACUCACUGGCACCAAGCGGCAAGAACUGGGUAUGUUUUUAAUGAUUCCCAAUUAAAUAAAAUACUAUGUAAUUACCAUUUUACUAUGUAAUUUACUAUAUAAAUACCACUUAAAGGACUAUAACAUUAAGUGUAUCCAAAAUGCUACUGGGGAUGAUUUGUGUGUCUUGCUCUCCCUCAGGACUGCUGCCUGUGUUCACUGCGAGGGGGAGCUCUACAGAGAGCCAACAACGACAAGUGAGUAUAGUACAGCGAUUUGAGGAGCUACCCAUUUAAUGGGGGCCUCUAGAUCUAGGCGAAAUAUAUUUUGUUACACCGACGCUACAACCACUCUAGUCUGGUAUUUGGUAUUUUAUUAGGAUCCCCAGUCUGUAGCCAGUGGUCACACUUUACUCUCCCCACUGAAUCUAGGACAGUUCAGUAAAUGUAAAAGGCAGGGAAUGCCUGUAGACCAAGCUAGCCUUAUCCUAUGUCUAGUCAAGUAUCUGUUUCUGUAAUGGCUUGUGACAGUGAGGAGCCUGUGCUAGUGUACAGUAAGAUGUUUGAUAUUAUGAGGAAGAUGUCCUAUAUAGUAUUACAAUAUAUCAUAAAAACUAUUUUUGUCUAGGCUACAUGUGAUGCAAACAUUUUUGUAUAUAAACAAAAAUAAUAGCCUACCCUUAAAAAAUAUAUAGUUUUUGUGCAUAUUGUUAGUUAUAAAUAACAUAAUUAUGUGUGUAAGUUCACAGUGGAAAUUGUGUGAAGGCAGUGUGGAAACACAGUGGAAACUUUCCCCUGCUGUGUUUAGUGUGCUGAUCUGUUUCCUGUGACACACACAGGUGGGUGCAUGUGCUGUGUGCACUCGUGGUCCUGGAGGCGCGCUUCGUGAACAUCACCGACCGCAGUCCCGUGGACCUCAGUUACAUCCCUCUGGCCAGGUUCCAGCUGGUGAGCUACAGUUCCUAAAUGGUCACAGUCAGGACCACAACAGCACCACAACACUACUUCUACGCAGGGCCUAAAAUUAACACCUGCCAAAUGCGGGUAGAUUUUGGCAUUGGUGGGUAAGAUGUCUAUUUCCCCAGCCACGUUGGCGGGUGGUCUGGGCUCCACAGGGUGAGCAUUUCACUCGCAUUUGGGAAUACAAAUAGUAAAGAAUGAUCACAUUUAUAUUAAAAUAAAUGCUGCAUUAGCUGUUUUCAAAGUAUUUCUGCCAUUUUGUUUCAUAGCUGGUAUAUUUUAUUGCACAAAGUCAAAGAACUACGAAUCCUAUAUAGGCUAUUACACCUCGCGCUGCAAUGCUGGGGGCUGUGCGCACGUGAAGAGCUGAGUGAAACAUUCAUUUUUAGAAGUGCUGCACAUAGGCAUAACAAUCUACUGAAGUGAGACUUUGUCCUUGUGUUUCUUGGCUAUUUACAUUGUUUUGUUCACAAUCUAGGUUGUUUUUCUAUGUUUGAGUUUCAUUUGCUAGGGAAGACAAUGCAUCUACUAGUCAUAUACAAUCUCACAGGCACAAACAUGACUGGAGUCACGUUACCACAGUAACAUCUGGCCCUUAAAGGGGCAGGUGAACAUUUGUCUCAUCUAUGAUAUUUUGGUUAAAAAACAGGUCACAUUUUUUUUAUUAAACAAUAUACCACAUUAAUUCUUACUAGUAAUACAUUUAUUGUUUUAGAAACAUUACAAAGCAUGCUCAUCCGUUUUUGUCUGUUGUGUUGGUUUAAUUUUAGCAGAAAAUAUAUAUAUUUUGGCUGGUAAACAAUCUGAGUGGCUGGUAGAUGUUUUAAUCUACCUGCCACUGGCUGGUGGACCAAAACGUUAUUUUAGGCCCUGCUUCUGUGUAUCGACUUCCUGUCAUUUCAUUUUCAUGGUUUGAGUCAUUUAAGUGGUUUUCUCAACUGUUUAGAGAUGCAGAAUUCAAGUUCGCUAUAGACUUUUCUCAUCUGAGCUUAUGACUGUUUUCCAUAUGAUGGGUAUUGUACACUUGGUUCCAUUUUUCAUACAAAUAUUUGCCUAUACUGGCGCCAUUUAGUAAUAUUUUUAUUUUAUUAGGAUCCCUAUUAGCUACUGUUAAAGCAGCAGCUACUUUUCCUGGGGUACACAUGAAACAUAAAACAUGACAUAAUACAGGACAUUAAUAGACGAGUACAUCAGAAGGACAGAACUACAUACAUUUAAAAUAAGAAUACACACAUUCAUACGUUUAUUCCUUAACAUUCCAUGCACCAUAUACUCGUAAUAAUCAUCAAUGUUAAUGGCUAAACUGCAGCCAUUCAGGUUUUCUCAUACAUUCUCUACUGCUUUCUCUAAGCCAGCUCUGAUAGCCUGAUCCCACAGACACCAGUGUUCUGUAAACACCAGAGAAGAAUCACAUCAGGAAGUCACACACUGUUUAACAAGGUCUGUGUCCUUGGUCCUUCAGUCUGACAUCAAUACUGUGUAUAAUCAUGUGGCGAUCCACCGAGGUCGUUGACUCCUGCUCAGUUCCCCUGACGUGAACAGAGCCACAUAUCACACAUACGAUCAGAAAUAGCCGGCUCAUUUAUACAGUUUCACUAUCCUGCUAAUAUGAAACAAACAAAACAGUGUGUCAUAUGGGCCUUCACCUGAGUCCUUCACCCCCUGCUCAUAUGAAAUGAGCCAAAUAGGCCUAUCAAACAGAGUUUCCUCCAGCUAAGGCUUCCCCUCAGCAACCAUGAACAGUGCCUCAUAUGGAGCUUCACAUUUUACAUUUACGUCAUUUAGCAGACGCUCUUAUCCAGAGCGACUUACAGUUAGUGCAUACAUUAUUCUUUUUUUAUUUUUCAUACUGGCCCCCCGUGGGAAUCGAACCCACUACCCUGGCGUUGCAAACGCCAUGCUCUACCAACUGAGCUACCUCCCUGCCGGCCAUUCCCUCCCCUACCCUGGACGACGCUGGGCCAAUUGUGCGCCGCCCCAUUGGUCUCCCGGUUGCGGCUAGCUACAGCAGAGCCUGGAUUCGAACCAGGAUCUCUAGUGGCACAGCUAGCACUGCGAUGCAGUGCCUUAGACCACUGCGCCACUCUGGAGACCAAGGGUCUAUGUUGGUGGGUCAGUCUGUUUUCAUGGCUGUCACUUCUUACUCUGACCCAGACCAAUUCUGUGAUUGCUUUGUUUGUCCAUUUUGGUCUACAGUGAGGAAGUCGACUCUAUGUAUUUAUUGGAGUCAUAUUCUAAACUGAACUGGGAACAACAGAAAAUGUGGCAUCUGGGAGCUUGAAACGGUGAAAAGGGAACGUUGUAAUUUCCUCCAUGCCCUCGUCUCCUUCCCCCUCCCCUCUGUUUCUUUCCCUCGCUUUUCCCCAACCUCCCUCUCUUCCUACUCCUCCCACUGGUGCUCCUCCUCUUCUUCCUCGCCCUCCCUCCUUACUCUCAUCUCCCCCUCUUCCCUGUUACUGCCUCUUCCCUCCUACCUUUUCACCUCCCCCUCUCUCCUCCCCCUCUCUCCUCUCUCUCUCCUCCCCCUCUCCUCUCUCUCUUCUCCACCUUCUCUUCUUCACCCCCUACAGAAGUGUUUCUACUGUAAGCGGCGGGUGAAGAAGGAUGUUGGCUGCUGUGUUCAGUGUUCCCAUGGCCGCUGCACCACUGCCUUCCACCCCACCUGUGCCCAGGCGGCCGGCCAGCUCAUGCAGCCCGACGACUGGCCCUUCAUCGUCCACGUCACCUGCUACAGGCACAAGUCACCCGUCCUGCCAGAGGUAGCUUCUACGGGGGGUAAACUUGGUUCAGGGAAGCAUUGCAUCACAUGUUUGUAUAAGGUUAUAUAAGUGUUUUCUGACGCUUUUUGUCCCAAAGAGCAACUAUUAUCAUAGAAAUAACUGCUGCACAUAGGUUUACCUCUGCAUAUUACAUUUCUUGGCAUUUGUUAUUGCCGACACCAUCAAUUGGUUAAUAGAUGUUAUUAUUUGAAUAGCAGACAUUACCUGUAUCUUAGUUGUCAGGUUGGAAGCCAGUUUGACGCCAGACUAGGCGAAAAAGGUCAAAUCAUGCUUCCUUAAUAAAAUGUUGAGCAACAACAACAGAAACAACAAAACCAGAGACCCUGUGGCCAUAUAGGAACAUGGCUUCCCAUCCCCUAGAGUGAGAACUGGCAAGCCCAAGCAGGUACAGAUAAUUCGUCAUGCAACAUGAUGAAAGAUCACUGUGAGUCUUGGUCCUGAUUCCUGUUGUGAGCAAUGUGUCAGCGAGUCAGAACAUCAAUGACAUACUCACCUGGUGUAGAGUUACUGUUGUGGGUUAGCCUGUCAGUUAGAUUCGAUUUCUUGGGUUUGUAUACAGUCAUGUAGCCUUGGCCAGUGUUUACCAACUCCAGUCUGCGAGUACCCCCAACAGCACACAUUUUUAUUGUAGUGUUGGUGUCUGACUGUCUGGCAGUGUUGGUGUCUGGCAGUGUUGGUGUCUGGCAGUGUUGGUGUCUGGCAGUGUUGGCGUCUGGCAGUGUUGGCGUCUGACUGUCUGGCAGUGUUGGCGUCUGGCAGUGUUGGUGUCUGACUGUCUGGCAGUGUUGGCGUCUGGCAGUGUUGGUGUCUGACUGUCUGGCAGUGUUGGCGUCUGACUGUCUGGCAGUGUUGGCGUCUGACUGUCUGGCAGUGUUGGUGUCUGACUGUCUGGCAGUGUUGGUGUCUGACUGUCUGGCAGUGUUGGUGUCUGACUGUCUGGCAGUGUUGGUGUCUGACUGUCUGGCAGUGUUGGCGUCUGACUGUCUGGCAGUGUUGGCGUCUGACUGUCUGGCAGUGUUGGUGUCUGACUGUCUGGCAGUGUUGGUGUCUGACUGUCUGGCAGUGUUGGUGUCUGGCAGUGUUGGUGUCUGGCAGUGUUGGUGUCUGGCAGUGUUGGUGUCUGGCAGUGUUGGUGUCUGGCAGUGUUGGCGUCUGGCAGUGUUGGCGUCUGACUGUCUGGCAGUGUUGGCGUCUGGCAGUGUUGGUGUCUGACUGUCUGGCAGUGUUGGCGUCUGACUGUCUGGCAGUGUUGGCGUCUGGCAGUGUUGGCGUCUGACUGUCUGGCAGUGUUGGCGUCUGACUGUAAGUCGCUUUGGGUAAAACUAUCUGCUAAAAAGCAUAUAUUAUUAUUCAACUAAUCAUCAGGCCCUCAAUGAGUUGUUGAAUCAGGUGAGUUUGUCUGGGGCUAUAACAAAAAUGUGUACUGUUGAGGAACUGGAGGACUGGAGUUGGAGACACUGGUUUAGGCCAUUGGUUGAAUAAUCUACAGCACGUGUCAAAACUCAUUCCACGGAGGGCCGAGUGUCAAUGAGUUUGACACCCCUGAUCUAUAGCCAUUCUUCUCUACACUGUAUUUAACUGGAUUUAUCCCCUCUGGGGCAAUACGAAAGGCAAGUCAGGUUACAAAUACCAAUCCUACACAUAUAACGUAGUAUAAAGACAACACAUUCUGAUUCCCAUACAUUAUACAGACAUCACAAUGAGUGUAUAUGUGUACUGUAUAAAAAGCUGUAUCUAUAAACGAUUGCAUGUUCUAGACGGUUUAUGUUUAUUUUAUACUAAUACUCCCAUAAUUGGAGACGGUUGGAACAGAGCGAAGAGCAACACUUCUGCUCUGAUGUAGUCAGUCAGUCUGUCUGCAGCAGGCUGCACACUAUUUCCUCUAACGUGCCGCAGGGGCUCUCUGGCUUUUGUCGAAGCUCAGUGCUUUAAUUAGCUAGUUGGGGAGGGGAAAUGUAUUUUAUAGUUGAACAGAAGACAUGCGUGCGGAGACAGAACUAAUCUUCAGUGAAAUGCAAAUGAAUGUUCUCUGAAUGUUGUUUUUUUUCUUCACCGAUAGCGUAUGCGUUGUCUAGAUUUAAAUACCUCGGCUGAAUUAACUUCAAAAUAAGCUGUUGGAUGUCACACGUGACCAGAACAAUUCACCACUACUUAAAUAGCUUUUAUGAAUCCACCUUAGUUUGCAUUUAUUUCCUCUUACCAAAUGUAAUGUAUUAUUCAAUUGGAAAUAUACUCUGUGUUAUCUUUAUGGUCAUCUGUUUAUGGUGCUUUAUCGAGUGGUAUAAUAAUUGUAGGCUAACGCUUUAAUCACCCAGCAUAAUAAGGGGGCAUGCAAGAUUUUAGUUCUAAACUGAGUUAACCGAGGGCUUAUGCAUUGUCUGGUUUUUAAUACUUUAGCUGAGUUAACUUUAAAAGCAUAUUUAUAUAUAGAUAUAUAAUACAGUACCAGUCAAAGGUUUGGACACACCUACUCAUUCAAGGGUUUUUCUUUAUUUUUACUAUUUUCUACACUGUAGAAUAAUAGUGAAGACAUCAAAACUAUGAAAAAACACAUAUGGAAUCAUGUAGUAACUAAAGAAGUUUUAAACAAAUCAAAAUAGCCACCCUUUGCCUUGAUGACAGCUUUGCACACUCUUGGCAUUCUCUCAAUCAGCUUCACCUGAGUUCCCACAUGCUGAGCACUUGUUGGCUCCUUUUUCUUCACUCUGCGGUCCGACUCAUCCCAAACCAUCUCAAUUGGGUUGAGGUCGGGGGAUUGUGGAGGCCAGGUCAUCUUAUGCAGCACUCCAUCACUCUCCUUCUUGAUAAAAUAGCUAUUACACAGCCUGGAGGUGUGUUGGGUCAUUGUCCUGUUGAAAAACAAAUGAUAGUCCCACUAAGCCCAAACCAGAUGGGAUGGCGUAUCACUGCAGAAUGCUGUGGUAGCCAUGCUGGUUAAGUGUGCCUUGAAUUCUAAAUAAAUCACAGACCGUGUCACCAGCAAAGCACCAUCACACCACCUCCUCCAUGCUUUACGGUGGGAACUACACAUGCGGAGAUCAUCCGUUCACCCACACCGCGUCUCACAAAGACACAGUGGUUUGAACCAAAAAUCUCAAAUUUGGACUCCAGACCAAAGGACACCUUUCCACCGGUCUAAUGUCCGUUGCUUGUGUUUCUUGGCCCAAGCAGGUCUCUUCUUCUUAUUGGUGUCCGUUAGUAGUGGUUUCUUUGCAGCAAUUCGACCAUGAAGGCCUGAUUCUCACACAGUCCCCUCUGAACAGUUGAUGUUGAGAUGUGUCUGUGACUUGAACUCAGUUAAGCAUUUAUUUGGGCUGCAAUUUCUGAGGCUGGUAACUCUAAUGAACUUAUCCUCUGCAGCAGAGGUAACUCUGGGUCUUCCAUUCCUGUGGCAGUCCUCAUGAGAGCCAGUUAAAUAAUAGUGCUUGAUGGUUUUUGCGAAUGCAAUUGAAGAAACAUUAAAAGUUCUUGAAAUGUUCCAUAUUGACUGACCUUUGACUGUUCUUGCCAUAAUAUGGACUUGGUCUUUUACCAAAUAGGGCUAUCAACUGUAUACCCCCCCCCCCCCCCCCCCCACACACCUUGUCACAACACAACUGAUUGGCUCAAACGUAUUCAGAAGGAAAGAAAUUACACAAAUUAACUUUUAACAAGGCACACCUGUUAAUUGAAAUGCAUUCCAGGUACCUCAUGAAGCUGGUUGAGAGAAUGCCAAGAGUGUGCAAAGCUGUCAAUAUUAAAUUUUAUUUAUCUAAAUGUAUGGCUCUUAAAAGGAGAAGUUGUUAGAUGUUAACAAAGGAGUAGCUUUUACAGGUCCACAUUCCUCCACAUUCCUUCGCUUUUACGGGUCCAUAUUCUUUUUCACGUUGUCUUGUCUUUAUGGUCAUCCAUUUACAGUGAUGUAUGGCGUGUUAGAUUUUUGACCUCUUACCUCCUAGCGUUUGGUUUUUGACCUCUUACCUCCUAGCGCAAUAAGGCGGCCAUGCGAGAGCUGGAGGUGGGCCAGCAGGUUAUCUGUAAGCAGAAAAAUGGCCGCUACUACCAGUGUGAGGUGCUGGAGCUGACCACCGCCACCUUCUACGAGGUUGUCUUCCACGACGGUUCCUACAGUGACAACCUCUUCCCUGAGCACAUCGAGGUGAGUAAACUUAUACCUGUAUCGUUGGAUGCAUGGGGGGGGGAAACAGCAGAAGAUACAUCUAUGUUGAUUGCUGUAACAAAUGGAUAAUACAGUUGAAUUGUGUUGACAGUUUUGCCUGAAACAUUUCCUUUCUAAAUGUUGUAUUGCAAUGAGGAGCAUUAAUGCAGCAGUGUCAAUAGAUCAGUCUGCUUUUAUAAGUGCAAACCGUGGCCUACAGUGGUAUGGCAAAAGCAGUGGUAGUAUUGAUCAUAGAAAUUGACCAAUCCUAAAAAGUGAAAAUCAAUCCAGUCGUGCUGUGGGCUAUAUUGACUGGCUUUAAUGGUCCUGGUGUAUUUAACUGUGGUUCACUGACCUAUGAUGGCUCUUGUCUACGGUUUGGUUUCAGAACCGGGACUGCGUCAAGCUGGGCCCGCCAGCAGUGGGCGACAUGGUGCAGGUGCGCUGGACGGACAAUCUGCUGUAUGGGGCCAAGUUUGUCGCAUCGCACUCCAUCCCCAUGUACCAGGUAAUAGGGACCACAUUAACUUCCUCAAUUCAACCACAUUCAGGCUGUGCGCCAUUGUUAGGCGCGGGUUGACUCAUAACCUGCGGUUAUAUCAGCGGGGCGGGCGAGUGUAGAAUCAUGAAAUAUUGGAUGGAUGAAGGGUGGGUGGCGGACAGGGUGAAUAAAAAUAAAUUGUAAAAAAAUCCAUGUGUAUAUAAUUCUUGUGCAAUUCAUAUCUAUAGGCUACAUUGAGGUUUUUCUUUCAUUCUUUUUAUCUGGCAUUAGUGUGUACGUUUCAGGGCCUAACUGUACAUGCGCCAAAUAGGCUACACAAAUGUUUUUGUUUCAGCUACUCUGUUAAGAUGUCACGGGAUCUGGCAGUCUAACUUAGGAGGGUUUGAUCACAUAUAAAAAAAUAAGGUGCAAAAUUAAGGUUUUAUUUACAAGUGCACUCCAGUGAAAAUAGUGCAGGUGAAUAUUGACAAAAGUGGCUCGGAAUUAGUCCAGAAAUGACGUUCUGGUUCCUAUUGCAGUCAACAAAAGACAAAAAGGACAAAAUGUCAAAAUAGAGAACAAUAGCACGCAGUAGCAACCAAACGGCUACCAAAGGCAAAACGCAUUUAAGCCUAUAACAGGCCAAGAAAACUCAUGUAACUAAGAAUUUGUUUAGAGAACUUAGCAACACAUGUUACCUUAACAGCAGCUUACAUACCCACAAUAGCCAAGCACACCCAGUUGGAGAGAAACCAUACCAAUGCGCACUUUAAGCGGAUAUAUGGAUAGAUCAUCAUUAUAGACACUAAAAGGAAAUCAAAUAGACAGACAUUUGCAUUUUAGUCAUUUAGCAGAUGCUCUUAUCCAGAGUGACUUACAGGAGGAAUUAAGGUUAUUAAGGGACUUGUUCAGUCGACCUGUCCAAAUUCACAUAGAAAUGUGACUUAUAGAUCUUUCAUUCCCAUUGAAAAAAGUCUAAGAAGCAGUAGAUAUGUUCUAUGUGUGCUAUUUCUAUGCUUCCCAUUCUGACGUUUCGUUUUUUGAGUCUUUUACUUUAGGUUUUGUACACCUGCUUCAGCUGAAAGUACAAUAUUUUUGAUUAUGGAAAAUAUAUUUCUCUGUGGUUUAGAUGGUACAAUGAUUCUCUACACAAUGACUGUUUGUUUUACAUUUUAGUCAUUUAGCAGACGCUCUUAUCCGGAGCGACUUACAGUUAGUUAGUGCAUACAAUUGUUUAGUUUUUUCAUACUGGCCCCUGUGGGAAUCGAACCCACAACCUUGGCGUUGCAAGCGCCAUGCUCUACCAACUGAGCUACAGGGGACGGGUUUUGUCACAUAAACUAAAAUUAGGCGACCUAUUAGAAUUUUAGCAACCAGGGAAUGGAGGUUACUGGUUAAGUUACUGGUUAAGCAAUACAAUGGAUCAUUGUCAGAAUAUAGUAUGAAUACCAAACGGGACUAACUAAUGCAAUGACGGAUUGCGUGAAAUACAGAGAGGUGUGGCGUGCGCGCACUGGUAACACUGCACUCCCUACACCGACGGAGCUCUCAAACCAAUGGAGGAGCAAUUUCUUAUCAGUGCACCUAUUACAAUGAGUGAAACUCGUACAUUUUUAUUUUAUAAACAAAGAAAUGUGUUCCCUCUAAUGGCACAAACGAAUGGUGCACUCAUAAGUUUAAUGCAACUGCAGUAAUGCAGUUAAUAGAAAUGGAAAUGUUUGUAGGCUACUUGGUGCACAUGGGGAAUGUAGUAGAAUGGUGGUUCGACGUGAUGAGAGAGCAUUAGAGCUUGCAUCGUCACUGUUCAAUAGGCCUUAAUAUCCAAUGAAUAAACAAAUGGCCUAAACGUUGAAGAAAAACGUAAAUGUUUAAUAAAUGUUCAAGAGAAAAAGGGGGAACUGUACAGAGCAUUUUUUAUAUUUGUGGGUUGGGGUCUGGUGUAGGCGUCACUUUUAGUCUGCGGUUGCGGACCACUAGCAUGCCAACCAGGUUCAGGCUGCGCUCUUACCACAUUCAGCCCACACUAACAGAUUCAGGGGGUUGACGUUUACAGAGAAAUCAUGGGUGGGUUUUGGUAAUUGGGUUAGCAAGGACAACUGUUCUGAAAACACAUCAAAGAAUCAUGUGGUCCUCCACGGUUUCAAGAGAAACUGUGGGUGGGAUUGUGUAAUUGGUUUAGCAAGUACAACUGUUCUGAAAACGCAUCAAUCAUGUGGUCCUCCACUGUACUGAUUUGCUUGUUUUUUUUCUUUCAUGUAAAAUAUUUUUCCUUCUUGCUACUCUUUUCACAUACUAGUUAACAUAUGUGACAUACAUUUCAUACCGCUUUAUACACUUUGUUCCAUGUGACCAGGAAAACCCCAGGCCCUAAGUAUGGUGCUUUUAAAGGGAUAGUUCACUUUUUACUUCCGUAGGGUGUUUUUGAUAUAAGGUGACUGAGGUACUUUGUUAAGUAACGUUGAAUGGAAGCCUGUUUCUGCGUGACUUGUCAUUGUUUCGCCGCGCUGACGUCCUCAUUGUUUUUUUGUGUGGACUCAGAUGGAGUUUGAGGACGGGUCGUUGCUGUCUGCUAAGAGGGAAGAUGUCUACAGUCUAGACGAGGAGCUGCCCAAACGAGUCAAGUCCCGAAUGGUGAGACGCGUCUCUACCAAUGUUCCUUAAUCCAAACUGAUUUAUAUGAGAUUAGGUGAUAUGAAAUGAAAUCAUGCAUCAUUUCUAUUAAAUUUUUUACGAAUAUUGGAUUCGGUCCAUGUUUAUAAUGCCAAUCUAUGUAAAUGUAUUUCUUCAAUUCUAGUUAUGUAAAUGUAUUUCUUCCAUUUAUAAUACUAUGUUAAUAGGGCUUACUUAACUCAUAGAUAACUGGAUGCUAAUUUACUCAUGGCCUGUCUCUCUCUCGCUCCUUCAGUCCAAGGCGUCAGACAUGCGCUUCGACGGGAUCUUCACAGAGAAGGAGGUCAAGCAGGGCUCCAAGAGACAGCGAGUCAUCAACUCCCGUUACAGAGAGGACUACAUCGAGCCUCUCAUAUACAGAGCUUUGAUGGAGUAACCCUCCUCCUCUACUUACUUAUGAACUCACCACACACCCAGAGAUGGGGGCAUCUCCGGGGCACCCACAGCCUGGACAAGUGGCUCCAACCCUGGGUACUAUAAGGAACAAACUCCCUCUCUGGGUGUGGAAGGCUUCCAUGCCCCUGGGGCAUUUUUUAAAACCACGGCUGGGACUUUAGGGGAGUUUCGGUUCUUUAUGAAACCCCCCUUCUUAUUUCUGUGA